AUGAAAGUUAAGCUGAACUCGUUUCACUGGAAAUUAGCAUUAAGCUGCUGUUGUUUAAUUUCUUCAACUUCAGGAAAACACUUGAAUCAAUCACUUGUGUUUGGUGCUCAAGAGAAGACCAAUCCACCCCUCAGACUGAACAUCUGACUGAAGGAAUAAUUUUGCUUAAGGUCUCAGGACUCUACUUUCCAUCAGGACUCAGGAUUCUACUUUCCAUCUGGACAUCAUUGUUAGGGGUCAUCGCAUACUUUACAGUGAGCUUAGAAAAUGGCCUCCAAGCGUUCUCUCCCAGAAGAGGAUUUCUCUUGUCCUGUGUGCCAUGACAUCUUCAAGGAUCCUGUCAUCAUGAAGUGUAGUCACAGCAUGUGUAAUGUCUGUCUGCAGCAGUUCUGGAAAACUAAAGGCCAUAAAGAGUGUCCCAUCUGCAGGAAAAGAUUCACAAAUUCAAAUCCACAACUUAACUUGGCGUUAAAGAACCUGUGUGAAAGCUACAUACAGGAGAGAAGUCAGAGAGCUUCAGCAGAGUCUGAGGUGCUCUGCAGUCUGCACAGUGAGAAACUCAAGCUCUUCUGUCUGGAGGAUAAACAGCCUGUGUGUCUGGUGUGUAGAGACUCAAGAGCACAUAAGAAUCACAACUUUAGUCCUGUUGUUGAGGUAUCAAGGGAUUAUAAGGAGGAACUGAGGACACAGUUGGCCAAGCUGAAGGAGAAGAUGAAGAAACAUAAAGAAACUAAACUAACCU